AUUAAAACUUUACUUAGAACCGCCUUUUAGUUUCAGGGAUUUCAGUUUUUUGAGUGCCUUCUCCCAUGUAUCACACCUAGUUACCUUAUCAAAAAUCCAACUUUCCUUAUUAGAACCCUCAAUUUUUGGUUCAGGGUCAGUUACGCUCUUCAUCUCCUCCCUCCUACUCCGUGCUCCGCCGUUCGUCCUUCGCGCUCCUUCUGCGUGCUCUGCUUCCCGUCUGUGGUCGCCGCUGGUGCUUCGUGCUCGACGUUACAACCCUCACAAUCUCAGACAUUCGAACCUCUGGUCUUAGACAUUCAUCAUUCCAGCUGCCAAUCACACACCUCAGACCACCUACACCAUUGUGACUCGCGCUUCAGGUAACAGCUUUAUUUCAAUCACGAACAACUGCUCUGCCUCCUGCAUGUGGGCGCCUCCGUUGGUCUCAGAACUCGCACCCCCGCCAGACUCAAACACCGGGGGGAGUGUGGUGUGAUGAACUGUGAGAUUUGUUGUGCUUGUGCUUGUUAUGUGUUGAAUUUCUCGCUUCAAUAAGUUUGUGUGCGUGGUUUGAUUUCUUUUAUUUUUUUUCUCUUGUUUUUUUCUCUUGUUGCCGAAUUGGUUUCUUAAUUGCUGAGUUACGGAGCUGUGUUCUCAUUUUGAAGAACACAGUGAGUUCAACAUUUUGAUAUUAAGAUAUGAUUGGAGGCAGCUAGUGUUGAUGCUUCUUAUUGGUACUGAGCUGGUGACUACUACUUGAUUAUUUUAGGGGGUAAUGAUUAUUUAUUAGAUUUUUCAAUAGUUGAAAUGUAACCAUCAAGGCAUUUUUGCACGAAAUUCUUAUAACAAAGUAGUUAAUGCCAAGCUAAUUUUGACUUAAGGAUUUAGAUUCUAUAGCUAUUCUUUGAACACAUUUGGUGUAGCAUUCAUAUAUAUAUAGAGACUGAUCACAUUAAAAUACUUAGGGAUCGGAGGGUGGAUAUAAUAGGCUUUUCUUAUAACUAUAUUAUCUUAUUUUUUAAGUUUUUUCAUGUCACAAUCCUCAAACCCAAUAGCUUACAAGCAUUUAUAUUCCAACACCAAAAAAGGAAUACGCUUCAAUUUUAGGUACAAGCUAAGGUUAGAGAGUGAUUAUUAUUAAGAGAGCAUAAAUUUCUUAUUAUUUUUGAUUUAUGAAUUUUUGAGUGUCAAAUUGAAGAGGGUUUUCAUUUUAGUUUCUGAUUUAUGAAUUUGAUUUCAAUUAUUUAGUCUUACUUUAGAGGCUAUGAGCUUCGAGCUGCUUUGCAGAGAUGUUGAUGUGGUUAACACUUGGGUGAAUAGGUGCCACUAUGUGGUGUUUAUGUGCUGCCAUGCAUUAGUGUCUACAGUGGCUGAAAUUUAACAAUUUGUUUGCUCCAUUUCUCUGGAGUUAAAAGUGUAACUAUUUACAAUAGUUAUCUAGCAUUACAGGCAUAGGAUAAAUCUCUCUAUUGUUAUUUGUACUGUAAAUUAACGUAAUUGGUAAACUGAUACUUGAGUACAAUAUACGGAUGCAUGUUUUUCCAUUGUUGAUUUCACAAUGUAUGUGGUUUAAUUUGACUUCUCUUAGCGUUUUUUUCCAUUUGUAGCUUAUUUGUUCAGUUAUUGUGUUUCAUGCUUGUUGAAUUUUACAACAUUAAUUGUUGAUUGAGAAGUUUCCCAUGAGUUCUGCAUGUUGUUAUUUAUGCUAUCUGUUGUUAAGAAUUCAAUGUUAUAAAACCCUGGUUAAGGUGCAACACCAGCUGUCUGUCUAAAAUUUUUUUAGUCAUUAUGUGAACUUAUAUUUUAAUUAACAGAUCUGAAAGGGCAACUUUUGAUGAGUUUCACAUGAUCUGAUUUUUAACCAAGUUUGGUAUAAAUGUACAAUACAAAAUACAAUUAAAUAAAGACUAAAUUCUUGAAAUAGUAGGGCAUUUAAUCUAGAUUUUGUUUAAGAUAAUGCUUAGAUUUGUUUGAUCCCAAUCAAUGUCUCCCUGAGCCUAUAACUGCCAAAUGAAACCUUUGUCGGAAUUUGUUAGGUACCAAGGUUUUAAUAAAUAAUAAUAUAUCAUGUAAUUAUGUAGUAUUAUAUAAAUAAACCCAGAUGCUUACUUGGUAAGAACUUAUAUUCAUUUAAUUCUCAAUAUUCCUGCAGCUUAAGCAUUUCAUACUCAUUUUUUCUUCCUUCUUUCCUUAGUUGCUUUCAUAAACAUAUAAUGAAUACAAUGUGAUCAAUUAGCACACCGAUAAUAAAAGAAGAUCAAUAAAAACAGGAAAGCGGGAGUUUAAGUUGUGAACCCCUUUGUGAAUUGUUUAAAUUUGUUAACCUUUUGAUUAUAUCUUUUGUAUGGCUUCUUUUUAGAAAAGCGGGAGUCAGUAACAAUUUACACGCACACAUACUUUAGUGAAGACUACGACAUAAUCAUGCAUUCUUAUGAAGAAGGGAAUAAAAAGACGUUAGGUUCUAAAAAAAAUAAAAAAAACUUGUCAAUUAAAGUACAAAAGUCUGGUAACAAGGAGGUGAUUAGUGCACACAAAACUAAGCAUUCACACCUUAAGCCUACAAAAUCACGAGCUCCAAUUCCUUCACAUGUAUCUAAAAAGCCUUCAGCACUGUCACCCUCUUCUUCGCAGCCACCACAAAAAUUCAAGAGAAAUUUAUUAUCUUCCCAUGCCGAUCAUACACCAUCACCAUCACCAUCACCAUCACCAACUGAAUCACCAUACUGUUCACCUAUCCAACCUCAAUCAUUUCAUAAUGCUCCUAAUAAUGAACGAAAUUUACAUCAUGCUCACUCAUCAGAUGAAAAUCAUCACGAUGGAUCUCUUUCUCAAGAAGGUGAACUUGUCACUCAAGAAGGGCUCUUGAAAAUAGAGCCUUUUGGCAAUGAGUUUAAUCCAUGUACUGCUGUUCGUCAUGUAACAAAUGCCAUUAAAAGCAAAUUUUCAGAAUUCUGCCUUUCCUGGAAACAUGCUAGUGAGCAAAUGUGAGAUUUGUGGUUUACUGAAUUUAAGAAAAAUUGUAUGUGGGAACCUCAACACAAUGCAAGAAUUCGUCAAAUUUUUGAGAUUAAAGGGAGUGAUCGAUUAAGAUCGUUGAUGAAUCAGGAGAGACGCAAUUAUUCAAAAGACCCUAACUAUGUACCAAAAUAUAUUCCUGAACCCGUUUGGCGUCAACUAUUACAUUAUUUUGCUACAUAUUCGAAAUUUAAGAACUGGUCAGCAGCAAAUACUGUGAAUCGAGCAUCAAAUGCUGGAAGUUCUAUGCAUACUGGUGGUUCCAUAUCUAUGGGUGAAUAUGCACGCAGAAUGGGUGAAUUCAAAAAGCGAAAGACAGAACUUUCUCAAGUAGCUUUAUCCUUGGAUAAUGAGGGAGAUAUUGAGGCAACUAAGGAAGGCCUAGAUAUACCAGAUGAUUAUACUGUUUGGAACGAAGUUGUGACAAAGGGAAAAAAGAAAGCUGCCUUUGGUUUAGGUUCUUUUGGUUUAGAUCUCUCUUCAAAGUUGGAUUCCAGAAAUUGUUCAGAGACAUCCAAAGACAAUCUAAAUAUUGAGCAAGAACUUCACAUGUGGAAAGAAAAGGCAAAAGAGCAGGAAAUGAUCAAUGAAGAGCAAAAUGUUAAGUUGAAAGAUGCUGAGCACAAGUUAAAAGAUCAAGGACGUCAACUAAAAGUUCAACAGAAAAGAAUUGGUUCUACUGAAAAGACAAUUCAUGCUUUGUAUAAAAAGUUGAAUCUGCCACUUCCUUCAACCUUGUCUGAUCCUACGGAAGAUGAGCUUGGGACAGGCUCUAGUGAUGAUAACAUGAGUGAUUGAUAUUUGGAGUAUAUAUUUUUUCUGAUUUAGAUU